AUCUGGGUCAGGUGGGCAUAAUUUGAAAGCGUAUUCUAUUGCCAAGAUAGCUAGCUAAGUUCUAAAAUAAGAUCUUACAGUGUCAGGCUUUCCAAAGGCACUUCAGACAAACAGAUUGUCAUUUUGGUGCRCAUAGAAUGGAGUCAGGAGUGCAUUCAUGUACGUGUUCCGUGGCAAAUUAUCUUCACAAUACGACAAACAGGCUCGUUGUGUUCAGGACAACCCAGGACGUAACGCAUGUCAUCCUUGUAACUGGAUCAAAUACAGUGAUCGUAAACGUUGAUACUGUAAAUGACAUGAGUUUUCAAAUAUGGAAACGUGAAGUGCACAUUUGGACUCAUGGGUGUGUGGUUUGCUUGUAUGACAUCAAAGCGGUAUUUAUUAUAAUACUCCACGUCUCAUCUUUCAGAACACAUCCACUCAGAAAACAAAUGGGUAAAAAGGUAUUGGGGGUAACCGCACGUGCGGUGCUCAAGUUUAUAAAUGCUGUCAGUCAAAACCAUUAUAGCGCGGUGUGGCGCAGAGCCUGAGCUCUGACGUCAUGUAUAGCAUGUUGCUGUACCGCCAACGCAUUCCAAUUUAAAYGCUUAUCAAUGACAAAAUCUGCCAUUUUCAACAUGUAUAUGCGAUGACGGGGGCUGUGACAACGGUUAAAAGGUUUUAUAAAGGGUGUGUGUGUGUCUUCUCAGCCUCGUUCUCGCUCUAUUCAUCUCUCUCUUCUGCACCAGUCUAAUUCAUGUCAUCCAUCUCACUUAAGGUGACAACACCUCUUCUCUUCCUUUUAUUUGUCGCUCUCUCCUUUUUUUAAGCGCUGCCUGUCAGUCGUACUACCUCUACGUUGUGUGUGUGUGCAUGCAUGUAUGUGUGUGUGUGCAUUCUGCUCAUGCAGGUUGGCUUCAGUAAAUCAAUUUGGCCAUAGAUCUAUCUCACAAACACACACACACAUUCUCUCUGUUCCUAUGCGUUGUUCUGUCCCUCCAGGCGGUCUCCAGUGCAGCCCCAGGCGUCCCAGCAGUAGCGGCGUCCGCGGGGGGAUCGGGGGGUGCUGCUGGCCCCCAGGMUAAUCUAGAUCUCUUCAGUGAGAAGAACAGUAGCAGCACCAAGACGGAGGAGGGGGCCAAGAAACCCCUCUCCAAGGACUCCAUCCUCUCCCUCUACAGCAACACCACGGUCAGCCCACAGCCUGCUGCCCCAGCUGCUGCUAUGUAUAUGGGCCAGCCUCCGAUGCAGCAGUUCCCCAGCCAGCCCUCCGGACAGCCUAACUUCCAGACUUACCCAGGAGCGCCACCCACAACCAUGACGGCCUGUGUUAUGCCCCAGGGAGGAGGAGCCAUGAUGGGGCAGAACUCUGGCAUGAUGGUCGGUAUGGCGAUGCCCAACGGCGGUUACAUGGGUAUGCAGCAAGGCAUGAUGGGGCCUCCGGGCGGAGCUAUGCCAGCGGGGGCGGGGACUCCCCAGAUGUACGCCGCCAUGCAGCAGCAACAGCAGGGCCAGUGGAAUGUGAACCAGAUGACCCAGCAGAUAUCGGGCAUCGCCAUGAGUGGUGGUGUGGCAGCGCCACCCGGCUUUGUUCCACCAGGUGCUCCCAUGGGUGGGGGGGUGGGUCCUCCCUCGGGCCAGACCCUCAGUACCCAGCUGUGGAAGUGAGGGAGGGGAGGGGGGAGAAUGGGAGAGGGAGGCAGAACAACCAUGUCACCCCAAAUCUCCUCCUUAACCCUCACUCACCAACUGCAAAACAGGAAACAACGCACAUGGGGCAAUCUAUGGACUGCUCCACUGUUCUCCCUCCUCUCCGUUUAUCAUUCCUUUAGAGACCCCUCUCUCCCUCUGUGUGCUGAGGGUCAAAGGGCAAGGGGGCGGAGUCUCGGGUGAAAACAGACUGGCAGCUGUGUGUUCAUCUUUUUACUUGGGACUUUUACUUUCUUCUUCUUUUGACCUUUUUUUCUUUUGUUAAAAAAAAAACAUAUUGGUGGAAGAGAAAAGCUGCUGGACCAAUAAUACAAGCGUCUAAUAAUAAUAAUAUAUCAUUACCAAAACCGAUAGUGAGUAAAUAGAUAUUUAAAUGGAGAGAUAUGGAUAACAUGUUGGUGACCACCCCACCCCCCCAAUUAAUAUCAUGUGUGUAUAUUAUACUGUACUCCCCUCUGUGCAUUCAGAGCUCCUGUAGCAAGACAUUGUAUGAUCCAGUACUGUAUUACUGUAUGUGUGUGAGAUAUAGCCCCCCCCCC